AUGAUUUUAUGUUUCAAGUCAGAUACUAGAGUCCAACCUUUUUUUGCUGGUACCAUUCACAGGUUCUAUGACGAGGGGAGAAAGCCAGCGAUACCGAUUCAACAGAAACAGGCAGCGUUCGCUGCUAGUAAACUUGGCGUUGCGAGCUCAGGGAAGAACAAGAUUUUCGUGGGAGGGGAUGCGCAGCAGUACAAGAUUUUCGAUCCAUCUAGCGACUUCAUCUUGAUGUGGAACCGCAUUUUCCUUUUUUCGUCCUUCCUUGCUCUAUUUAUAGAUCCCCUGUACUUCUACGUGCCAAAAAUCGUCUAUGGCGACACCUAUUCCUGUGUUGGGACAGACAGGCAUUUGACCAUCAUCAUUACAUUCUUCCGAUCAAUUGCCGAUCUCUUGUAUGUGAUUCACAUCAUAAUGAAGUUCAGAACUGCAUUUGUUAAAACUAGCUCAACCUUGCGGGUUUUCGGGAGAGGAGAUCUUGUCACAGACCCUAAAGAGAUUGCAUGGAAAUAUUUGAGAUCUGACUUUGCAAUUGAUGUGGUGGCUGCAUUGCCUUUGCCGCAGAUCAUAGUCUGGUAUGUGAUACCAGCUAUCAAGUAUUCUGGUGCUGAGCAUAACAAUAACAUUCUGGUGCUUAUAGUUCUUGCUCAGUAUCUUCCAAGACUAUAUCUCAUAUUCCCUUUAACUUAUGAAAUUGUCAAAGCUACUGGAGUUGUCGCAAAGACUGCCUGGGAAGGGGCUGUGUACAACCUGCUACUUUACUUGAUAGCUAGUCAUGUUCUAGGUGCACUAUGGUACUUGCUAUCUGUUGAUCGCCAAACAGCCUGCUGGAAAAUGAAUUGCAGGAAUGAAAGUGAUUGUAAUAUUAGGUACCUAGACUGUGAUACACCAAAUCAGACAUGGGCUAGUACGACUAAUCUCUUCAGCAGCUGCAAUGCUAGUGAUGACAACAUCACCUUCGACUAUGGCAUGUUUCAGCCUGCACUGUCAAAUCAAGCGCCUGCUCAGGGUUUCUUGAGAAAGUUCUUCUAUUCCCUUUGGUGGGGUUUACAGAAUCUUAGUUGCUACGGCCAGACACUUUCUGUGAGCACCUACAUUGGUGAGACACUGUACUGUAUAUUCUUGGCAGUACUUGGUCUUGUCUUGUUUGCGCAUUUGAUUGGAAAUGUGCAGACCUACUUGCAAUCUAUCACUGUGAGGGUUGAGGAGUGGAGAUUAAAGCAAAGAGAUACGGAGGAGUGGAUGAGACAUCGCCAACUUCCUGAUGAACUGCGGGAAAGAGUUAGACGAUUUAUCCAGUACAAGUGGCUUGCAACUCGAGGUGUGAAUGAAGAGUCUAUAUUACAGGUUUUACCAGCAGAUCUACGACGUGACAUUAAACGCCACCUUUGCUUGGAUCUUGUUCGCCGGGUGCCGUUUUUCUCCCAGAUGGAUGACCAACUUCUAGAUGCCAUCUGUGUGCGUCUUGUAUCAUCACUGUGCACAAAGGGGACAUACAUUGUCCGUGAGGGUGAUCCGGUGACUGAGAUGCUUUUCAUCAUCCGUGGGAAACUAGAGAGCUCCACAACAAAUGGUGGCCGCACAGGCUUUUUCAAUUCAACUACACUGAAAGCUGGUGAUUUCUGCGGUGAGGAACUUCUUGGGUGGGCUCUUGUCCCGAAGCCGACCGCUAGUUUGCCAUCAUCCACUCGCACAGUGAAGGCACAAAUAGAAGUGGAGGCCUUUUCACUCCAGGCUGAGGAUCUCAAGUUUGUGGCCAGCCAAUUUAGGCGGUUGCACAGCAAGAAGUUGCAGCACACUUUCCGAUACUACUCACACCAUUGGAGAACCUGGGGCGCGUGCUUCAUCCAAGCUGCCUGGCGGCGGUACAGGAGGAGGAAGAUGGCGAAAGACCUGAGUAUGAGGGAGUCAUUCAAUUCCGUGAGAUCAGAAGACUCGGAUGGUGAAGAUGACCCUCCACCCAAGAAGAAUAUCUCUCUAAGAAUGAUGGCCGGGAAAGUCAUGGCUGGGAACAGGAAAGGGCUUCAGGCCAUAAAAGAGUUGCCGACACUGAAGAAGCCGGACGAGCCAGAUUUCUCGGUCGAACCCUACGAGUAA